AUGCGGCUCCCUGAGGCCAUUUAUCCGCCGCCCCCCACCACCGCCGCACUUGAGGAAGGGGCACCUCUUUCAUUGGUGGUCAGUGAGAGGAGCACACUUGCUUGUAUCUACUCAGCCCUCAUUCUGCUUGACGAUGAUGAGGUGACUGUCACGGAAGAUAAGAUCUAUGCCCUUAUUAAAGCAGCCGGUGUAAAUGUUGAACCUUUAUGUCCUAGCUUGUUUGCAAAGACCCUGGCCAAUGUCAACAUUGGGAGCCUCGUCUGCAAUGUAGGGGCUUAUGGACCUGCUACAGCAGCUGGUGCUGCACCAGCAGGAGGUCCUCCACCCUCCAUUACCACUGCUCCAACUGAGGAGAAGAAAGUGGAAGCAAAGAAAGAAGAAGAAUCUGAUGUGUCUGAGGAUGACAUGGGCUUUGUCAUUUUGACUAAACCUCUUUUCUAA